AUGCCUGCUCCUGGAGUAUUUGCAUUUCUGCUGUUCUUCAUGUUUUUCUUGUUAGGAAUCAGCAGUCAAUUCGGGCUAAUUCAAAACUUCAUCACCACACUUACCGAUCAGUUUCCUGUUCUGCGAAAAUGGAAGUGGGCGGUCGUAGUUGCAUUCUGCAUGUUCUCCCUGGCUGUUGGACUGAUAAUGUGCUGGCAGUCUGGUUUUUACUGGUUUCAACUAUUUUUCAAU